AUGCCAAAAUGCGAAACACAUUUCGGGUUCAAGUUGCUGAUGGUGAUUGUUGCCGCUGCAAAUGCCACUGCUGCUGGUGCUGCUGCUGAUGUUUUGGAACUUAUCAACACGCCGAUCACCUGCGACAGUUUCCGUUUUGCCUCAGAUACAUGUAGUCACCCAUUGAGACAGGACCUAAUUGCCCUGCACCCAGUUACACUCGCAGCUCGAGUUCCAUUCCCACAACCACCGAGCCACCGAACCCUCAACCCAAUACAACCCGAACCCAAGCCCCCGCUCAAGGUGAGCAGUGUAAAAACUUCCUGUGCACUCAUUUAG